AUGGAUCCUAAUUGUGUCCCAAUUAUGGCGGACUCCUUGCUUUCUUCCAUCGCCACUUUUCAUACGACGAAGAUCAUCGUCACUGAUCCAACAAAGUUUUCGUACAUUGGAUCUAUUCCUAAAGCCAUGCUCGGUUGUAUCUCAGCAUCGAGUAAUCUUCUUCAACAGUACAGGAAACGACCAUCUGUUGGUCCACAUGAUCUUACACCCACAAUGCUUUGCUCCAUUGAAGAGGCUGACAAGCCAGCCAAGAGGGGCAAGAAGCCUGAAUCGCAGAAGGAGGGACCAGUCACAAAACCAACCAAGGGGCAAACCCCCAAGAAGAGAAAAACUGAUAAGGCUGCUCCUUCUCAACCUCAACCUAAAAAGCAGAAGAAGCCUGCUAGGAGACUUAUUCUUCAAUCAUCCAGCGAUUCGGAUUCAGAAUAUGUUCCUCCUAAGCAGAAGACCGCUCUACCCUCAGAUUCUGAGAAUGAAAGUUCUGAUAAAGAGGCUUCGGACCGAGGGGACACUCCGCCUCGCUCCCCUACUCUAGGAAUUUCGGUUCGUUCUUUGCCUCCUUCACCUCCACCUGUUACAAUUCCAGUUUCAAUCCCUCAUUUCUCUCCAAUAAAUACCUCUCAACCAUUCACUACUAUUCCUAUACCCACUCCCAUCUUCACAGAUACAACCUCUACCACUACUACUAAACCUACCUUUACCGCUCCCAAUCCACCUAGUGAGGAUGAUGAUGACGAGCCCAUUACCAAACGUCAUCUCAAAGUAGUAAAUGACAAGCUUGAUCAACUGCUUUCCUCUUCCUCCUCAGCUGCCCCCUUAGAAGCUGCUUUAAAAGCAUUGUUCUCCUCGGUUGUUGCCGAACACAGUGCUACCCUAUCUGCUGCAGCCAAGGCUAUUGAAGCCUCAUCUUCCCAAUGUCAACAGGCCUCUAUCGCUGCUGCUGCUGCCAAGAAUGCUGCAACUGUCAACACCUCAGAAGAGACUCUUCAAAAGACUCUUCAAUCUGAGUAUUCGAACCUGGAAGCGGCACGCCAUGCCAUUGAAGAAGCAAAUGCAUCGCUCCAUGCUAAAGUCAACGAAUGCUUAACUCAACUGGAAGCGGACUUAGCUAUGGAAAAUCGAAUUAUGGACGAGCUUGACAGACAGAUUAAUGACCUCAAGUCAGAAAGAGAGGUUAUUCAGAGUUCUACUGCCGAUGUUCACUCCAUCCUCCUUCACCUUACUGAGGCGAGUGAUCCACUUAUCACUAUCACUGUCAGAAGGCAUUUGGCAGCCAAACUCAGACCAACACUGGACGUUCUCAGCCAUACCGAGGGUGUUUCGGUGACUGGGGUCCAACCGAAACAAGGGGGAGAGAAAGAGUCGAAGCAGCAACCUCCUCCUUCCAGCUCAAAACCAGCUGCUGAACCACAAGUUAAUAAAGCUUCGGUCAGUAACAAAGAUAAGAAGAAGAAGAAGAUUGGUGAAGACGACACAGACAACGAAGAUGAUGUGUAUGUCGACAUUCCCAAGAAACUUGUCCCAAAGGACAAUACUUCUGAAAAACAAAUGGAAGAAAUCAUCAUCAAGCAGCGCAUUGAGCUAGAAUAG